UAACGUGGCAUGAUUCUAUUGGUGUUUCACAGGUCGUCGGGAUUGAGAGAAACAAGCAAUAAUGAAAAGAAACACUAGUCACUCCCAUCGUCCAACCUCUGUCACUCUCUCUCCACUUUCUCUCUCUAGCUUUGUGUUUUCUCUUCCUCUGUAAUUCCCAAAUUUCUCCACCAUUUCUCACUCUAAUGCUCUCAAUCUUUCUGAAUAACAAUUCUGCAAUGCAUGAUCUUUCGAUUACACCCAAAUUCGAGAAUUAGAACCCGAGUUUUCACCGAGUUUUUGACUCAAUACUCACUCAGAAAUGCUUGAAGCACUGGAGAGUUCUGUUAAUGGAGGAUUUUCGCAGUUACAGAGCUAUGGAGACAGUAGCGAAGAAGAGCUCUCUGUUCUGCCUCGCCACACCAAAGUGGUUGUGACCGGUAACAACCGGACCAAGUCGGUGCUCGUUGGCCUCCAAGGGGUGGUCAAGAAGGCUGUUGGUCUCGGCGGGUGGCAUUGGCUGGUUCUUACAAAUGGAAUAGAAGUGAAGCUACAAAGGAAUGCACUUAGUGUAAUUGAAGCUCCUACAGGAAAUGAGGAAGACGAUGACCUUGAAUUUGAGAAUCUGCAGUGGAAUGGCUCAGAUAUGACAUCAGAUGAUACUCAAAAGCCUCACAGAUCAAGGCAUCGCAUGCAUAAAUCAUCCGGGUCAUUUCAUGAGACUAUGAGCAGGACUCUCUCUUGUGACUCCCAGUCUAAGGGCUCUGUUUCUACUUAUCGGGGAGCUACGAAGGUCGACCUCAGCAAACUAGAGAUGGCUGCGUUAUGGAGAUAUUUGCAACAUUUCAAUCUUGUGGAUGCCAUCCCUAACCCAUCUAAAGAGCAACUAAUUGAUGUCGUUCAGAGGCAUUUCAUGUCACAGCAAUUGGACGAGCUGCAGGUCAUCACGGGGUUUGUGCAAGCUGCAAAGAGGCUGAAGACUGUGUGCAAAUAACCUCGAAAAAAAGCAAGAUCUUUGCAUUUGGUUGUUGACACUAACAGACGCUGGUUACCUAAACCUCUUCCCUCUGCGGUGAUAUCUGUACGUAGCAUAUGUAUCCUUGGCUCGUUAAUGUCUCGUUAGGUUGCCAUUUACUGUUUAAUUUAUAUAAUAUAUAGAGGUACAAACUUUGUAGUCAUAGUUAUGUAAAUAUUUGUAGACUGGUGAGAGACUUGGGAAGCCCUGUGGCUUUCUAAAACUUGAUUUAAUGUAUUGCUGACUGACUGAUGGAAGUGGGGUUUUUUUCUUCUCA